AUGGCCUACGCGGCCUCGUCUUCGUCUGGGCGCCACGGGGCCCAGCGCUCCCGGCUGCUGCGCCAGGAGGCGCCGGCAGGCGGAGAUGGGUACAGCCAGGCCUUCGAGGAGUACUACAAGGUGCAGCAGGUCGUGGCGGAGGAUUCCUGGCAUGAGUUUCUGGAGACCCUGAGACGACCCAUGCCGGUGGUGGUCCGCAUCAACCGCACGAAGCCGUACUGGAAGGACUUGCAUGAGGCCUUUGCCCGCGAUUUGCGGUGGAUGCCUUUGAGCUGGUUCCCGGGCCAUGCCUGGCAAUGCGAGGCCCAGGACUACGAUGACGCUUUGCGCACGCAGUGUUCCAGCCUCAACAAGGCCUACUCCCUCCGUUUCCAGGAGAGUGCCUCUUUGUUGCCGCCAUUGCUACUGAAGAUCCAGCCCGGGGACUUGGUCCUCGACCUCUGUGCUGCACCAGGCAGCAAGACUUUGGAGUGCAUCGAGCUGAUGCGCGAGGCGGAGACCAACACGGAAGAUGCCGGAGUUAUCAUCGCAAAUGACGCAGAUGCCGAGCGAUGCUUCGAGCUGUUGCCACUCGUGGUGCGAAAGGCACGGCACCCUGGCUGCGCCGUGGUGCUCGGCAGUGCCGCGAAGUACCCGGCACAGUUCCACGGCCCUUCCGAGCAGCUCUUGUACGAUCGCGUCCUUUGCGAUGUGCCCUGCUCCGGGGAUGGCACACUGCGCAAGCGGCCGCAAUGUUGGAAGACCUGGUCAGUCGAGUCUGCCAUGACUCUCCACGGCAAGCAGCUUCAGAUCCUGUGCCGCGGGCUUCAUCUUCUCAAGCCUGGCGGCCGCCUCGUCUACUCCACCUGCAGCCUGAACCCUCUGGAGAACGAGGCCGUCAUCUCUGCUGCACUGGCCCGGUUUGGCGAGGAUGUGGAACUCGUCUCCGAUGCUGCGGCGGAACCGGCGGCAGCGGGGCUCCGAGUGGCGAAGGCCCUCCUGGCCUGGCGGGUGCCCCGAGGAGCAGGCGAAGGAGGGAGCUUCUACGAACGCUGGGAGGAAGUUCCCCUCGCAGAGCGCAAGCCCAAGGGGCCGAUAUGUCAAAGCAUGUUCCCUUCCGAGCUUUCCGAAAGGGCAGGCGAGAGAUGCAUCCGCUUGAAUCCACAUGAGAUCGAUGGCUCCGGCUUCUUCGUGGCCGUCUUCACGAAGACGCUCCACCGGGCCUUUCCCUUGGAGAUCCCGCGACAGCCCAGCUUGGGUUCACAGAUCCCUUGGAGAGCAAGGAACCAGAACAACUGCUACGUCCUCGUCUCACCGGAAAGCCCAGAUGUCCGGUCGAUUGUGGAUUUCUAUGGCUUGCAGAACGUGCCGGAGCCACUGCUAGCUGAGUACAAUACGAAGGCGAAGCUCACACAGCUGAAUCUGGUGAAUUCUGGCCUCCUGCGGCUGCUCCAGAGCCAUCUGAACUGCAAGGGUUCGCCUCUGCUGGUUUCAGUGGGAAUCCCUCUCUUCAAGCUCUUGGACGAGAAUUUCAUGACCAACAUCAACGUGGCGUCGCGGUGGAGGCCUGCCCUGGAGGGCGCCUCUCUGCUGGCAGAGAGGAUGAGAAAACGCCGGCUCCUACUUGCUGCUGAACCCAUGAGGCAGCUCCUGGCGACGAGGCUCUUGCCCAUGGAAUCCUUCGGGUUCCUCGCGACGAGAGGCGACCUCCAAGGUCUGGAGAGCUGUGAGGAGAAGCUUGGGGGUGCCCUGGUGGGCGCCUUGGACGGCUCCUUCUGGGCGCCCUGCAUCAUCACAGGCAAAGGCCUGGAGCUCUACGCCAGCACCGUGGAGCUCGGCGAUCCGAACCCCACUUUGCUUCCCACAAAGAUGCCGGAAGUGCUGUGCCAGCGACCUGGGUACCUUAUCUUGGAUAAGCCCAGCGGUCUUCGUACGGAGGAUGCGCUCCGCUUUGCGCAGGAGCUCAGCUCAGCCGCUGCUCAACUGGUGUCUCGCCUGGACAAGGAGACCAGCGGCUGCCUGCUGAUUCCCUCGACGGACUCUGCGAAGCUCUUCACGGAGCAGUUCGCGAAUGCGAAGGUGAAGAAGUGCUAUGUGGCUUUGGUGCUGGGCGAGCCGCCUUCCGAAGGUGAAGUCUGCGCGCCCUUGGGGCUCCUAGAGGCCGGAGGAAAGAGCCGCUACAAGGCCUUCGUAGAUCUGGAGCAUGGCAAGGAGGCCUCCAGCUCCUACGAGCUGCUCUGGCACUCGAGACCACGAGGCUGCGCGCUGCUUCUCGUGUACCCGAAGACCGGAAGGACGCAUCAGAUUCGCUGCCACAUGGCACACCUUGGUCAUCCUCUGGUCGGGGACGUGAAGUACGGUGCUCCCACGUCGGCCUGGUGCCAACGUCUCCCGCUGCACUGCUUGGCCAUCCGCUGCCUGGAGGGUACCGUUAGUGCCUUUGCUCCGCUUCCUUCGGAUUUUCAGCAGAUCCUUGCCUCCCUCGACGAUCAAAGAGACUGGCAGUUCCUGGUCCGCGAGCGGUGCCUUAAGACUUGA